AUUACGGUAUCGUGAGUGAGGUGACAAGGAUUACUGACCAAGGAUUAUUUUACAUAUUUCAAUAAUUAAAGCUAGUCGGUUAAUCAUGGUGACUCAUUAAUCAGUACAAGGAAACGCCAGCAAUCGUACAUAAAAGCGUGUGACCUUAACAAGCGAAAUAAUUCAUUUUGUUUCCUCUUCCAGUAUUAUCAUAUUUUUCGUUCAGUUAUGUUAGUAUUUAUCACAGUGCGAGAACUUACAUGGUGCGUAAAGUGGAACAUAGAUAAUACCAAAGUGGCUGGGUAUUGAGACCAACAGGUUUUUUUUCAGUUGGUAGUCGUGAAAACAACUGCAUCCUGUGUGUCUAAUUCUCUACAACAACUUAGCCUUGUAUAUACCAUUGUCAUCACCAUUCAUCCGACCGACCUGGCCAAGUGGAAAACCUCCGUGACACAAAACACUUACUUUAACCCUGUGUACAGACAUAUCUCAGAGCGUCUUACGUACACGCCAUAAUGUCCAGCAAAUACGAGAACUUUCCAGACCAUGACUCUAGUGGCCGCAAUACUUUCAACAUGAUCGUAAGGGACAGGCGCAUGAUUUUUCAAGACUUUAUUCGCCCCUGCUUUGCCGAGCUAAUGGCGACUGCCUUGUUCGUCUUCCUGGGGACGAUGCCAGUGCUUGGGAUGUCUGUCAACCGGGUAGCCAUAGCCAACGGAAUGACCAUCACAAUGGUUGUGAUUGCUUUCAGUCCUGUGAGCGGCUGCCAUAUCAACCCGGUGGUGACCCUAGCCCUAUACCUUUGUGGCGAGAUCCCAACCAUCAGAGCCCUGUGUUAUGUCCUGACUCAGCUACUAGGCGGCAUGCUAGGCUCAAUGCUACUUAGAAGUUUCCUGACCGAGGAACUUUUCACUCUCCUCAAAGCCGGAAGUCAGAACUUUGCCCCCGGUGUAACCGUUCCCCAAGCCUUCCUGUGUGAGACAACCCUUACCUUCAUGCUCAUCUAUGUGAUACUUACCGCUCUCAUGCCGGAGCCUGGGAGACAUCCAUUGUUCUUAGGACCCAUCUGCAUUGGUUUUGCCGUCGUCAUCGCUGUUCUGGCAGGAUCCCACGUCUCCGGCCCAUCCUUAAACCCGGCCCGGAGCUUUGGCCCAGCGGUGAUCGCUUCAUUCUACAACAUGGGCUCCGAGGUGUGGGACAACCACUACGUGUACUGGGUGGGGCCUAUCAGCGGAACACUGCUCGCAACCCUCUUCUUCAGGUUAGUAUACAUGUCUAUACACUCUUGUGUCUCGGUAGUGUGAUGGGCGGUGGCACUUGUGGCGCCAGUUCAAACCCCAACGCGGCAAGUCUUGAACUUUUCGUAUUUCAAAUAUUUCAUUAAUUCAGCGACUUUCCGCUAUUAGAUCUUAAUCUAGUUGCUGGAAACGUAAAGCAAAAAAAAUAAUAAAUCUUUAAAUUAAUAUAGGUUGUCCCCCCACUCACAUAGUCUGCUAAGGUUCUCUAUACAGUUUAAAACAGCUGAGGUUCUAAAGUUCCAUCGCCCCAGCAAAGA